GGAAAGGAACCUAAUUUAUUGCUUGCUGAGUGUUCUGUCCGGUGGAAGUCAUGUCAGCCAUAUUGCCAUUCACUCCACCAGUUGUGAAGAGACUUCUGGGGUGGAAAAAAUCUGCUGGUGGCUCUGGAGGGGCUGGUGGUGGUGAGCAGAAUGGGCAGGAGGAAAAGUGGUGUGAAAAAGCAGUGAAAAGCUUGGUCAAGAAGCUAAAGAAAACAGGACAGCUGGAUGAGCUGGAGAAGGCCAUUACCACUCAGAACUGUAAUACAAAAUGUGUGACAAUACCAAGCACUUGCUCUGAAAUUUGGGGACUGAGUACACCAAACACGAUAGAUCAGUGGGAUACCACAGGCCUUUACAGCUUCUCUGAACAAACCAGAUCUCUCGAUGGCCGCCUGCAGGUCUCUCACCGUAAAGGAUUACCCCACGUUAUUUACUGCCGCUUGUGGCGCUGGCCAGACCUUCACAGUCACCAUGAACUUAAAGCCAUUGAAAACUGUGAAUAUGCUUUUAAUCUUAAAAAGGAUGAAGUAUGUGUAAAUCCUUACCACUACCAGAGAGUGGAGACACCAGUCUUGCCUCCAGUACUCGUGCCACGGCACACCGAGAUCCUAACAGAGCUUCCACCUCUCGACGACUAUACCCAUUCCAUUCCUGAAAACACUAACUUUCCAGCUGGAAUUGAACCACAGCGCAAUUACAUACCAGAAACACCACCUCCAGGAUACAUCAGUGAAGAUGGAGAAACGAGUGACCAGCAGUUGAACCAAAGCAUGGAUACAGGAUCUCCAGCAGAGCUGUCUCCUAGUACUCUUUCCCCAGUCAGUCAUAGCCUGGACUUGCAACCAGUUACUUAUUCAGAGCCUGCAUUUUGGUGUUCAAUAGCAUAUUAUGAAUUGAAUCAAAGAGUGGGAGAAACCUUCCAUGCAUCCCAGCCUUCCCUGACUGUAGAUGGCUUUACAGAUCCAUCAAAUUCAGAACGAUUUUGUUUAGGUCUGCUUUCCAAUGUAAACAGAAAUGCUACAGUGGAAAUGACAAGGCGACACAUAGGUAGGGGAGUGCGUCUCUACUACAUUGGGGGAGAAGUUUUUGCUGAGUGCCUAAGUGAUAGCGCAAUCUUUGUUCAGAGCCCCAACUGUAAUCAAAGAUAUGGUUGGCAUCCUGCAACUGUCUGCAAAAUUCCACCAGGAUGCAAUCUAAAAAUCUUUAAUAACCAAGAAUUUGCUGCUCUUCUGGCUCAAUCUGUGAAUCAGGGUUUUGAAGCAGUUUAUCAGCUUACUAGAAUGUGUACCAUAAGAAUGAGCUUUGUUAAAGGGUGGGGAGCUGAAUACAGGAGGCAAACAGUAACGAGCACUCCUUGCUGGAUUGAACUUCAUCUGAAUGGACCUCUACAGUGGUUGGACAAAGUAUUGACUCAGAUGGGCUCCCCUUCAGUACGCUGUUCCAGCAUGUCCUAAAACUCCUCAUUCCCUCACCAGUGGGCUAAAAAUCAAGUCCAAUCAACAGAUUUAAUAUAACAGCUCAUCUGUCGUAGUAUUUGUGUGUGGUCCCCGUGAACUUUUUACUAUCCAAAAGAAAAAAAAAAAGGUUUUUAGGGAAAAAACAAAGCAAAAAAAAAACCCCCAGCGCUUGAGGUCUCAUCAAUUAAAGCACCUUGUGGAUUCAAUUUCCUAUACUCUAUACUAGAUGAAAAUUUAGUGUAUCGAAAUGCCUUCUUCAGAAAGAAGGGACAGUUCUAAAGACUCUUAAUGGUGUUUUUAUUGGGUAUAUAAUUGAGUGUCCUAAUGGUUUAUCAAUAACAUGAAUAGCUAAAUAUAUGUACAGGUAAUGUAUCAUGAUCUCAAAUAUCACAAUAUUGAGCUGUUCUACAUUUUAGUUCCCAUAAAUAGUUGUUUGGGUUUUUUUGAUUGGGGCAAAUCUCAUAAAAUUCCAAGACUCUUCUCCUUUAUUCUUUUAUAUUUUUUUAUAUAAGCCAUUUUGUUUUUUUUUUUUUGAGUUGUCCUAAACAUAAAAAGCUGACUUUCCUUGUAGAAAAGCUUAACUUUUUGCUGCCUUCUUAAAAAAAAAAAAAAGAAAUCCCUCCAUUGGAAGGGAAAGAAGUGUCUUGAGAUGCAUCUGUGAUAUCUUCAGACACUUUAUAUGCUUAAUAUGGCCUAAAAUGAAUUCAUAUUAUAAAUUCUGAGUAUCCAUCACACUAUGACUCUACUUUUCCCUACCCAUCCAAACUGGUGCAUCUGUUGCCAGCAGCGUUGCUGGCACUGGUGUAAUCUGGGACUUUUUUGUACCCUGAAUCAUUGAAAUCAUUGUUUUUUCUCAUUAAUUGAGAAUUUACCAUAGCAUUGGAUACUGGAUUAAGUACCACAAGUUUAUUGGCUCACCCCUUACAUCUAUUAUUUCUUUUUUUUUUCAUGAAACAGAUGGUACUAAAAAUGAUAGGGGUUUUUUGGAGCCAAAUACCUUGAAAUUCUUUCCCAGGGUAGACUCUUUUGUAUAGGUUUGAAAUAGAUGCAGCUUAACAUAUUUCAGGAACAGUAUUUAAAUUUCUGAUCUGAGUGGCUUUGUACAACUUCCAUACCAGAUCAUCUGCAUUCAUUAUGUUAUAAUGGGCCUUGUUAUUAAAAGUAGUUGCUUCUACAAAACCUCUAGGAUAGUGGUUGAUGAGGUAUGACCAGCAAAGGAGUACUUGUAAGUUCUUCAUGACAGUGCAUGUUAUUGUGAACCCUUGGACACUACAGCUGCACCAUAUAAAACAAAAAUUAUUCUGAAAUAUAUUUUACAAAUAAGAUGGGGAAGGGUUGGGAAACUGUAUAGAAGGGUUAUUCUGACUUGAAAAAAAAAACCAAACAUCUUACAAUCUUGUGAUCUAGCUGUCUGUCAUUCUUUUGUUCUUGUGGCAGUAGCAGGAUUGCCUUUGUUUUUCCUGUUGUCUCAUCCAUUACACUAGCACUGUGCUUUGUAAGUACAGCUCUAGUGAUAACUUAGCUUUGAGAACAACAAAAAAAAAUUGUGGCCAGUGUUACAGCUUUUAAUCAGUUGACUGAAUCAAUGAUAGCAAUGGAUAUUUUUAUGCUAUACUGCCUAGGGCAUAGAAGCAAUACCAAAAAUCAAGCCUUGAAAAAGUGGGCCAGACACCUUUAUAAAACCAUCAUAAAUUGGCAAAGCAGUUACCAGUUUGUGCUAGUUUUACCAGUAGACUAAUGUAUUGGUAGAACUUGUGAACCUAAGAAAUAAGCUUCAUGUAUGUUGCAUUUAGCUAAUAUGUGAAUACACUAAUAAAAGUUUUAAUUCUC